UACUUGUCUUAUACAAAAAAUGUGUGUUUGGUAGUUGUAGACUACGCAGGUUUAUCAACCAAUGUCCCAGACUUAUAUGACUUCAUCAGAAAACACCAGAACUUACAAAAAAUCAUCGUCGACCAUUUGCCUUACGAAAACGAUGUUAAAGUUUUCGACCGAGAAGAACUACUAGACAUAAAAAGUUUGGAAGUGUUUAAUUGUAGAAAAGGAAAUUACCACAGAUCGAAAUAA